AUGGCAAAGCGACCGGCGUUGGAGCCGCUCGAAGAAGUCUACGAUGCGCCUUCACCAGCAAUGAAGCGAGCAAGAGUUGAAGAUGAAGAAAUGGAAGAGCUACAGUCGAACGGCGCGACCAGCAAUGGCCAUGUCAUGUCUCCACGACUGCAAGAUCAAGAGGAUGCGGACCUCGCAGAAGCCGGCGCAUCAGACGACCUAGACGACGAGCCCGCCAUAGCUGCGCCGAAGCGCCAAACAGCACCAGAAGCUGGGUACGCAGAUCUGUAUCUCGACACAAUAAACCGCAAGGUUCUCGACUUUGACUUUGAGAAGCUCUGUUCCGUCACGCUCUCCAACAUCAACGUCUACGCCUGUCUCGUAUGCGGGAAAUACUACCAGGGCCGAGGGCCAAAGUCACAGGCAUACUUCCAUGCGCUGGAGGAGGGCCACCAUGUCUACGUCAAUAUGGAGACGAAGAAGGUGUACGUGUUACCAGAAGGCUACGAGGUGACGUCAAAGUCCCUAGACGACAUCAAGUUUGUCGUAGACCCGCGCAUGAGCAAGGAGGAAGUCGCAAAGCUAGACAAGGAGCCAAAAGUAUCCUGGGACCUUUCGAAUCGCGAGUAUAUACCGGGUUUCGUAGGCAUGAACAACAUCAAAGCCAACGACUACUUCAACGUAGUAAUCCAAGCUCUGUCACACGUAGUCCCACUACGCAACUACUUCAUGCUAGAGGACUUAUCAGGUAAACCGCAGCUCGCCCAGCGCUUCAGCACGCUCGUGCGCAAAAUCUGGAACCCACGUGCCUUCAAAACCCACGUCUCCCCUCACGAACUCCUCCAGGAAAUCUCCCUCCGCUCCUCCAAACGCUUCACCCUAACCAACCAAUCCGAUCCUGUCGACUUCCUUUCCUGGUUCCUCAACAACCUGCACCUCGCAGUCGGCGGCUCGCGCACCAAGCCCUCGAGCUCCAUCAUCCAAAAAGUCUUCCAAGGCCGUCUCAAAAUCGAACAACAAGAAAUCACCGCCCGCGCAGAUGCCGGUGACCGCCUCCGCUUCGAGGAUGCGGCCGUUCAAACGGAAAUUACACGGUUCCUCGUCUUGACCCUCGACUUGCCCGCUGCACCACUGUUCCAAGAUGCCCUCGAGAAGAACAUUAUCCCCCAGGUGCCUCUGGUUAAUAUCCUCGCGAAAUACAACGGUGUCACACCCCAGGAGAAAUCAAAGAAUCGAGUUCGAUACCGUCUCCUCCACCCGCUUCCCCCUUACCUCCUCUUCAACAUCAAGCGCUUCUCCAAGAACAAGUUCGUCUCAGAGCGUAACCCCACCAUCGUCACCUUCCCCGUACACUCGCUCGAUAUGGCACCGUACGUUGAACCCAACCCAAAGGAGUACCCGCCCGGUGAGCCCAUCUGGUAUGAUCUUGUGGCGAAUAUCACCCACGAGGCGGUUAAGAAGAAGGAUGAUAGUGUUGAGGGUGAGCAGGAGAGUAAAGUGUGGAGGGUGCAGGUCAAGGAUCGUGCGAGGGAGGAGUGGUAUGGGAUUCAGGAUUUGUAUGUCGAAAAGGAGAGGGCCGAGACGCUGUUUACCAAGGAGGCCUAUCUUAUGGUGUGGGAGAAGAGGAAGGGGCAGGGGCAGGGGAAGGGUAGGAAGGGUUGA